UCAUACUUACAUAUAUUUUACAAACACAUAUAUGAAUUUAUAUAUAUGUAUUUUUGAUAUUUCUAUCAAAACUAACUUCAUAUUGUCAUUUAAGUUUCACAAAAGCUUCAUAUAUGGGCAACGGUUCGAUUAUUUUAUUUUCAAGCAAAUAAGGUCGCUUUGCAUUUGACUGUAAUUGUUUUAACAAACAUGACAGUUGGCUGUUAACUGAUAAUAUAUUUAUUUUUAAAAAGUAAAUUAUUUUUAUAAUUUUUCACCAUGGCCGCGAGAAAAGGAAAAAGAAAUUUAAAGCUCCAAGUUUCUGAAGAAGCUCCUGUAAAUAUCACACCGCCAAGGAAUCUUGAUAAACGUACGACAAUAACAAUAGAAGAUAAAACAUUUGAAGUUGAGGCUGAUGAUCUUGAGACUAUAUGCAUGCUUGGUAGAGGUGCUUACGGUAUUGUUGAUAAAGUUAAACACAAACAAAGUGGUACUAUUAUGGCUGUAAAGAGAAUAACAGCCACGGUAAAUAAUCAAGAACAAAAAAGACUUGUAAUGGAUUUAGAUAUUUCAAUGCGAAGUUCAGACUGCCCUUACACUGUACAAUUUUACGGAGCAUUAUUUCGCGAAGGAGAUGUUUGGAUUUGUAUGGAAGUCAUGGACAUGAGUCUAGAUAAAUUUUAUGUUAAAGCAUACAAAAAUGGAUGCUCAAUACCUGAAGAUAUUUUAGGAAAAAUAGCACUUUCAGUAGUUAGUGCUCUUCAUUAUUUGUACUCGCAACUCAGGGUAAUUCAUAGAGAUGUAAAACCUAGUAACAUAUUAAUUAAUCGAAAAGGUGAAGUCAAGAUCUGUGAUUUUGGUAUUUCCGGUUAUCUUGUAGACUCAGUGGCUAAAACUAUUGACGCUGGUUGCAAACCAUACAUGGCUCCAGAAAGGAUAGACCCUUCGGGGAAUCCAUCUCACUAUGAUAUAAGAUCAGACGUCUGGUCAUUAGGAAUUUCUCUGGUUGAACUAGCUACCGGAAGAUUUCCAUACGAAUCAUGGGGUACACCUUUCGAACAAUUGAAACAAGUCGUUAAAGAUGAUCCACCAAAAUUGCCAUCAGGAAAAUUUUCUCAACCUUUCGAAGAAUUAAUUACCAAGUGCUUAAUGAAAGACUUCACAGCCCGUCCGAAUUAUAGUCAAUUACUUGAGCUUGAUUUCAUCGUCGAACAUUCUAAAAAAGACACCGAUGUAGCUGGGUUCGUUGAUAAAAUUUUAAAUUUGCCAGAUCCAGAGCAAUCUUAAGUGUUUUGAAAAAACAUGUACGUAAACUUUGGGGUCACCGCAUGCAUCUAAUAUUUAGUCAUUUGAUUUUUUUAAUCAUUGUCAUGAAAUAUGACGCUCAGUAAUAGUUAUAUAAGUACUUUAAAUAUUAUUAAUAAUCAAUGGCAUUAUGUCUACUAUAUUUAAAAAAACAAAGAUGCGGAUUUUGAAAGUCAAUAUUUUUCUUUUCUAAGUAAAAUUAUAUUUUUGUUUAGUAAUUUAUUCUUUUAUUGGUCUAUUGAAAUAGAUAUUGUAUAAUUAUUUACAAUUAUACGUACACUAUUAAAGUGAGUCGGCAUUCAUUAAUAAUGUACAUAUAGAAUACAUCGAAUCAUAGAUUUUUUU